UUGCAUUCAUGGAAAUGAGCCUGCGAGGAGCAGCACGCGCGGGUGUCAGCCGCGGCCCUGCACGCCCGUCCCCGGGCCCACGCCAGCCUUCCCUGCCAGGCUCAGCUCACUGCCACCGCAGGCUCCUGCGCUGGGCCUUUGUCUCCUCCGGACGCCCUCUCCGGUGCCCUUGUGUGCUGGCACACACACACUGUCCUUGCCCCGGCUCUCCCUGCAGCCAGAGCUGGGGGCGCUCCCAGGAGCCUGGGCCUGUGGCCUCUGACGUGGAGAGCUGCGACCGGCCGAGGCUUUGAUGUUGCCGCCCAGGGCUUGCCAGGACACUGGGGCCGCAGGAGAGGGGACUCGCCGCGGUGCCCAGUGACCUGACCGCAGAGGAGCGGCAAGAGCUGGAGAACAUACGGCGGCGGAAACAGGAGCUGCUGGCUGACAUUCAGAGGCUGAAGGAUGAGAUAGCAGAAGUAGCUAAUGAAAUUGAACACCUGGGGUCCACGGAGGAGAGGAAAAACAUGCAGAGGAACAAACAGGUAGCCAUGGGCAGGAAGAAAUUUAACAUGGACCCUAAAAAGGGCAUCCAGUUCCUGAUAGAGAGCGACCUGCUGAAGGGCUCAUGCGAGGACCUCGCGCAGUUCCUGUACAAGGGCGAAGGGCUCAGCAAGACGGCCAUCGGCGACUACCUGGGGGAGAGAGAUGAGUUCAACAUCCAGGUUCUUCAUGCGUUCGUGGAGCUGCAUGAGUUCACGGAUCUGAACCUGGUCCAGGCGCUGCGGCAGUUCCUGUGGAGUUUCCGGCUCCCUGGAGAGGCCCAGAAGAUCGACCGGAUGAUGGAGGCCUUCGCGCAGCGGUACUGCCAGUGCAACCCUGGGGUGUUCCAGUCCACGGACACUUGCUACGUCCUCUCCUUUGCCAUCAUCAUGUUGAACACGAGCCUGCACAACCCCAACGUCAAAGAUAAGCCCACCGUGGAGAGGUUCAUUGCCAUGAACCGAGGCAUCAACGACGGAGGCGACCUGCCCGAGGAGCUGCUCCGGAAUCUGUAUGAGAGCAUAAAAAAUGAACCCUUUAAAAUCCCAGAGGAUGAUGGGAAUGACCUCACUCACACCUUCUUCAAUCCAGACCGAGAAGGCUGGCUGCUGAAGCUCGGAGGUGGCAGGGUCAAGACUUGGAAGAGACGCUGGUUCAUCCUGACAGACAACUGCCUUUACUACUUCGAAUACACCACGGAUAAGGAGCCCCGUGGGAUUAUCCCGCUCGAGAAUCUGAGUAUCCGGGAGGUGGAAGACUCCAAAAAACCAAACUGUUUUGAGCUCUACAUCCCUGACAAUAAAGACCAGGUGAUCAAGGCCUGCAAGACAGAGGCCGACGGCCGCGUGGUGGAAGGGAACCACACCGUGUACCGGAUCUCAGCCCCGACGCCCGAGGAGAAGGAGGAGUGGAUCAAGUGCAUCAAAGCGGCCAUCAGCAGGGACCCUUUCUACGAGAUGCUGGCGGCGCGGAAGAAGAAGGUGUCCUCCACCAAAAGGCACUGAGCGCCGAGUGCAGGCCCCGGUGCUGCGGCGCGGCUGGCGGGAGGGGCGCGCGGGGCGAGUCGCUGCUGCUUCAGCUCUGCUCUUUCCUACGCGGAGGAGGGGUGGGGCGGGCCCCGGAGCGGGCCCUCCCUGGCCAGUCUGCCCAGCGGGCCUGACCGCAGAGCCCGGAGCCCCUGCACCCCGAACACACACCUCAGCGUGUUCUCACAGGAAGAGAAGCCACGGACGACAAACGCCCUUGUUUUUCCUGCUUUUUUUUUUUAAACACACAGCGCCGUUGAGGUCGCUCUGCGCUGUCCGAGGGGGCUCCCUGGGCCGACGCCUGGGCCCAGGGCAGGGCCGGGCUGCCUCGGCCGCUGGUGGCUUCUCGGGGAGCGUGCGGGGUGCGGCGGAGGGCGGGCGGCGCCUGCGCGGGGAGGGGGCGCCCCUAGGAAUCCUAAUCCCCAGAUCCCGGGGGGCCGCAAAGCAGGAGCCAACACUGUGAGGGGGGGCCCGUCCCCGCCCGCUGGCCGCGUUUGGUGUCUUCCUCUCCCCCACUCCUGUCCUCGUUCUAGAGGGAGGAGUAGCGCUCACCCGAUCCCCCAGGGAUCAAAACCGGCCCUGACUGGACCACGCUGGGUGCAUUUGGCGGUGGGCCCGGCAGAGGGGAGAGGGUGAGAAGGCCGGCCUUCCCGCCCCGCCCCGCGGGUGUGAAGGCAGCCGCGAAUCUCAGGGACUCUCAGGGCAGCUCCCGCCCGCGGCCGGCGGCAGGCCUGUCCAGGGGGAGCAGGGGGCCGGCCGGCACGCCCCUCCGGGGGCCCAGGGCCGGGCGGCGCAGGGCGUGGUCUGCACGGGCCCAGCGUGCAGGCCCCUCUGCUGCCCUCAGGGCUGGUCAGCAUGUCUGAAACCAGCUUUCGCAGGGGGGAGGUGGGCGGAGCGGGGCACGUCCGGCACCGCCGCGGGUGUCCUUGCUGGAGCGCCGAGCAGGGGUCCGGGCUGGGAGCCGGAGUGCGGCGGGGGCGGGCCGGCGGGGACCCUCGUGCACCGCCCCCAGCGUUGCUGCAGAGGGGACCUGGAGCAGGGUCAGUCUAUUUAUCAGAGGUGUAAAUAAUCCAUGUAUAGUUUUUCGCUUUUUAGAUUAUUUUGUAUUUGUUUAAAAAAAAAGUUUGUCAAAAUACAAAAUAUAAAGAAAUGACUGGAAGUCGUUGACAGGGUUUUUAAAGAAAUUAUAAUUAUUCUGGUUGUUUUCAUUGUUUUCGCCUUGUAAGCUAGCGCCAAGGAACCGCAGCAAAUAAACUGACUGUGCCCAAA